AUCAGCCGCAGGAGAGACGCUCGCUGCGUCCCUAACGCUCCUAACUUCUUUCCUCACAUUUUUCUCGGACGUUAUAACUUUUAAAACUUGUGCUUUCGUGGAUAAAAAGUUGUUUACCCCUGGAUUUACGCAAACAAUGCGGAUACCACAACAAGACUGUUAACAAAUAAAUUAAUUAACAGAAACCAAACUCAACAUGACGAAUCAAACGCGAACCCUUUUGGAGUUCUUCAAGAUCCUGGCUUACGGGAAUUCAACAGACGGGGCAUUUAACAAGACUCAAAUAAAAUCCGUACUUCGGGCACAGGCGGAGAAGGGAUCAGGAGACUUUGAGUCCCUUUUAGUGAGAGUAAUGGCUGAUGCGAAGUCGGAACUGAAUAUAUCCAUAAAGCCGGAUACGUGUGGAUACUGUGAGGGGGACUUCAGAGAUGUCGUCCAAGCGUAUAACAGGAUACACGGCUACGUUAGUCUGCUGAUAUGCACAAUAGGAGUGAUAGCAAACACAAUGAACGUGGCAGUUCUGACGAGAAGGGACAUGGCCGCGGCGCCCAUCAACCGGCUGCUCAAGUGGCUCGCCGUUGCCGACGUCUUCGUCAUGCUCGAGUACGUGCCCUUCGCCAUCUACAAGUAUUUGGUGCUACCAGAAAAGCUGGACUUCCCGUAUUCCUGGGCAAUGUAUCUGCUGUUCCACAUGCACUUCGCUCAAAUACUCCACACAGCAUCCAUCUGUCUCACUCUGUCGCUCGCCAUUUGGAGAUACAUUGCUAUAAAGUAUUCUGAUCGGAGUCAUAUUCUUUGCACGGAGCGUCGCUGCAGCAUUGCCAUACUUACCAGCUUCAUACUACCGCCAAUAUUAUGCACACCCACGUUUAUGGUGUUCGAUAUUCAUAUGAAGAAGUUGGACGAGGCAGGCGUUGACGUGGCGUACCACGUCGACGCAGACUACCAGGGCACCCUGUAUCAGGCCACGUUCUGGGUCCACGCCGUGUUGAUGAAGCUCCUUCCCUGUUCCAUCCUGACUGUGAUAAGUGUGUGGCUGAUUCGGGCCCUCUACAGUGCAAACCAGCAUCAGAAAAAUCUAAGGAACUACAGCGCUUGCCCAGCCGCGGAGAAGAUGGUGAAAAGGCAGCAUAAGGCUGAUAAGCGAACUGAUAGAACUACUAAGAUGUUACUAGCCGUGCUGCUUCUGUUCUUGGUGACGGAGCUACCGCAAGGGAUUCUAGGGUUGAUGAGUGGGUUGCUGGGCUGGUGCUUUUUCAAACGCUGCUACGACUUGUUUGGAGAGCUGAUGGAUUUUCUGGCCCUGUUGAACGGGGCGAUCAACUUCAUUCUGUACUGCACGAUGUCCCGCCAGUUCAGGCAGACCUUCAGGCAGAUGCUGCUGCAGCCACACUUGGCUCGGUUCAUGCCGCCGCACCCUUCGCAUUCGGAUUCCCAGAAUCAAAAUACGUGUACGGAGAAAGUAAAAAGAUAGCUACGGGCGGGCUCGGAUAAUAAUAUGAAUAUAGUCAAGACGUCUAUUCCUUGAGGGACAGCCGUAGACCGGAUAAGUCCGGCUAUGUGUGAACACACCUUCUAGCCAGGAACACACUUGGCACGAUUCUAAAUAUACAAAAAAAAAACAUUGAUAUGUAUCUAAGACUAUUACAAUUUACAGCUACAUCAAGACAAGUUUAUCAGUAGAUACAUAUCGAUUUAAUGUUCGUGUUAAGUUGGUGAUAGACAUGGUAUGCUACAAAUUAUGGUAAGGAUUGUGAAUGCUUAAGUGUCAUGUAUUCGCUGUAAAUAAACGUACUUUGAUGUUAGGUAAUUAUUUUGCGAAGACUGUGCUACUGAAGUAAUAGGGGUCACUAGGGCGGGCCGGUGUUGAAUAUAAAUAAGGUAGUCCUUAGUGCUUAUGGCAAGAUGAUAGUAUAAUAAUAAAUUUUAAAAAGUAAAACCCGAUUACGGAGAAAUCACGCUCUAAAAAGUAUGAUACAAGAAAAUAGGUAUAUUUGUCUGAAAUUCUUCCGAAUACCGCGAAAUAUAAUAAAACUCACCUUCUUUAAUUUUAUAACAUAUAUAC